GGCCUCACGUGUCUGAUGAGACGGCUGACGCAAUUUUGCGAAGGAUUGCCGAAGGGAACACGUCGGACAUUGAGCUUUCGGAUAGUGACGACGACACUAUCGUGGAUCCGAACUUUUGCGCACCCCUUGAUGAUGAAAGCUCAGAAACGGAAUGCAGCGAUGAUGACGGGCCCUCCACAUCAAGUGCAGGAAAAACUGAUAAAUCUUGGAAACGCCAUCAAGGCCAGCUUCCAACGUGGAUCCCAAACUUCCGAAGCAGCGCUGAUGAGAGUGAAGAACGGGUUUCUUGGACACCGAUCGAUUACUGUGCGCAGUACAUUCCAAAUGAGUUGUACGAGAAAAUGGCAUUUACGAUGAAUAGGAGUUACGUUCGGGAUACAGGAACUUCCUUGAAAACGUCAGAGGAGGAGCUGAAAAUCUUUUUUGGAAUUUCCUUGACUAUGUCGUGCCUCUGCUAUCCACAGAUGCGAAUGUAUUGGCAAAAAAAGACAAGAGUACCUAUUGUUGCUGACAAUAUGACCAGAGACAGAUAUUUCAAACUGCGACACCGCCUGCAGUUGGUUAAUGAGCUUGACGUGAGUGAGGAAGAAAAGCAAGAGGAUCGACUGGCGCAUAUGGCCACUCGUCGCAUUCGUACUGGAGGGCUGCCAGAAGCUCCCUCGCAGAGAGUAUGUGUGCGUGGAUGAGCAAAUGAUACCCUUCAGCGGAAGAACACAGCUCAAACAAUACGUUCCUCGCAAGCCAAAUCCUGAGGGUUUGAAAAAUUUUGUUCUUGCUACGCCAGAUGGAUUAAUCCUAGAUUUCGAAAUUUAUCAAGGAAGGAAAUCAAGCCUCUGCCCUGGGAGCUCCGGAAUUGCUGAGUCUGCAGUGCUGCGGCUUACGGAUACACUGAGUCCAGGAACUAAGCUUUAUUUUGACAGGUACUUCACAUCUGGCCCACUGCUGGAUAAACUUGCAGAAAAAGGGAUCGCAGCGACAGGACCGCUGAUGAACAACCGAAUACCGAAAGGGGUGAAGCUUUCUGGCGAGAAGGAGCUCAAGCAAAAAGGACGAGGAUCAUCAGAAGCAUGGAUCCGAAAAGACGAGCAACAGAGUGUUGUACGCUGGUACGACAAUAAGCCGAUAACCUUUCUUUCUUCACUCCAUGGCCAGGAACCACAAGACACCUGUCGUAGGUGGUCUCGUAAGGAAAAAAAGCAUAUCGAUGUCCCUCGACCGGAUAUUGUGCGCAUGUACAAUGUCAGCAUGGGCGGCGUUGACAUGGCAGACCGAAUCAUAAGCUACUACAGGAUAAAAGCACGUGUAAACAAGUGGACAAUCAGAGCCAUCUUUCACCUAUUCGACAUUGCCCUCAGCAACUCCUGGGUGCAGUACACGCGGGACAUGCGCUCCCUAAAGAAACAACGGAAAGAAAUACUGAAAUAUAUGCAGUUUCGCCAAUCUGUUGCUGAGACCUUCGUGGCUCAGGGGAAGAAGCAGGAUGACACCGAGAGUGAGAAUGAAGCCGAGUGGCAUCCGCCAUCAAAGCAGGCUCGACUGUCUCUAGGAGAACACCAAGAAAGGAGCACCAGCCACUGCCCAAGGCUGGCAGACACUGCCAACGCUGCCCGUUGCAGACUACAGGGCUGCAACAUGAAAAUAAAAUUCUUUUGCACGAAAUGUCGGCUCUUCUUCUGCAUCACAAAGGACAGAAGGUGUUUUGAAAUUGCUCACAGGAACUGAACACAAGAGCGAAAUUUUUUUCGAGCAGAGGAAUGCUCUUUUUUUUGUACUUCAUUCAUUACUUUGCCUUUCGAGUUAAUAAAAAACAUUUUGCGCACGAGUUUGAGCGCAAUAUCUGCGGUGCGUCAUGGCAUGCGCGCUGGGGUAAGAAAGACCGGGUAGCAUCCCAGUGUCCAAUAUAUUGGACAUCGUGCUGAGCUGACACUAUAAGCGCUACUGAAAAAAUGUUUAACACUUUUCACCUUCAUAACCCUUCUGACUUAUUCUGAAAGUUUGGGAAAAAUCUGUGCACCUAAAUACAUCCCGGGUCUCAGG